UUUUAUACGGGAUGAAAAAGAUUCAAUCCUAUCUUCGGCCGCUGGGGGUUUCCACUCUCUUAAGGGAGAGCUCAGUCCUCUAAAGCCACAAAGCCUGCGCGGAAUUCCCCUGGACUCUUCCGUUCGCCGAACUCCUACUGUCAUCUAGCGGACAGAAGGUGAAAGGGCUCCUUAGCCAGGUUGGCGGUUGCCAGACGACCGAGACGGCGGCCCGGCUGGCCUAAGUAGGAGGGCGCAGACCAGGUCGCCGAAAGGUCUGUGAGAAUCCUGUUUUCUAUUGGCUGAAGAGCUGUCAGCAAUCACGAUGAACCAACGAGCCGGUGCAUCUGGAUGACGUCAGACGUUAUGCGACUCCUCCCACCCACGCUCUAGCAACGCGUCUGGCGACGGCCGACAGUCGCGUUGGACCCUCGAGGGUCUCGACUGUCCCAUGUGCGCCCCGCGACUCGUGCUACUGCUCUUCCUGAUGUUCCCUGAGAGCGCCUGGCCUCAGCCCUCUUUUUCCCCGUCAGGGGUAGUGCCCACCCCUUCGGACCUGGGGCCAAGUACGCUGGGUGGGACCUUCCAGUCCUCCUCCGAGGGCACUGAAACCCCCCGGGCGUUGCCUGGAAUCUCCACCGCGGGCCCUACUGCCGUGACCCCUUCGGUGCCUGGGAAUAGGACAAUGGACCUCUUCCCAGUCUUGCCGGUCUGUGUCUGUGACUUGACUCCUGGUGCCUGUGAUAUAAAUUGUUGCUGCGACAGGGACUGCUAUCUUCUCCAUCCGAGGACAGUUUUCUCUUUCUGCCUUCCUGGAAGCGUAAGGUCUUCAAGUUGGGUGUGUGUGGACAACUCUCUUAUCUUCAGGAGUAAUUCCCCAUUUCCUACAAGAGUUUUCACGGAUUCAAAUGGAAUUAGGCAGUUUUGUGUCCAUGUGAACAACUCAGAAUUAAACUAUUUCCAGAAGCUCCAAAAGGUUGACACAAUCAACUUUCAGGCCCUGGCUGCAGAGUUUGGAGGCUUUCAUUUUAUUUCAACUUUCCAAAUCCAGUCACCACCACCUUUUUACAGGGCUGGCGACCCUAUUCUGACUUACUUCUCUAAGUGGUCUAUAGUAAGCCUGCUGAGACAGCCUGCAGGAGUUGGAGCUGGAGGACUCUGUGCUGAGAGCAAUCCUGCAGGUUUCCUGGACAGUAAAAGUACCACUUGCACUCGCUUCUUUAAGAACCUGGCAAGUAGCUGUAUCUCAGAUCCAGCCCUCGAUGCUGCCUCUUACUAUAACUUCACAGUCUUAAAGGUUCCAAGAGGUAUGACUGACCUGCAGAAUAUGAAGGUGCCUGUAACACUUGUCUCACAGGCUGCUUCUCCUCUGUUGGCUGGCAACACUUGUCAGAAUGUUGUUUCCCAGGUGAUGUAUGAGAUAGAGACGAAUGGAACCUUUGGAAUCCAGAGAGUCUCUGUCAGUUUUCAACAAACCAACCUGACCAUUGAGCCAGAUGCUUCCUUACAGCAACGCUUCGUCACUCGCUUCAGAGCUUUUGAGCAAAACACAGCGGCUUCUCGUCCUGGUCCUAGAAGUGGAAACCCUGGCUAUAUUGUUGGGAAGCCACUCUUGGCUUUAACUGGUGAUAUAAGUUACUCAAUGACCCUCUUGCAGAGUCAGGGUGAUGGAACCUGUUCUGAAAAGAGACAUAAAGUACAGUUUGGAGUGAAUGCAAUCUCUGGGUGCAAGCUUAGGCUGAGGGAGGUGGACUAUAGCCACUUGCCCCAGGAGAUUUAUCAGACUCUUCAUGGAAAGCCCAGACCAGAGCAUGUCGCCGUCUUUGGUAACGCUGACCCAGCCCACAAAGGACAGUGGACCAGGAUCCUCAGUCGGAACUGCAGUGUUUUGGCUAUGAAUUAUACAUCCUGCUGUUUCAUACCAGUUUCCCUGGAGAUCCAGGUAUUGUGGGCAUAUAUAGGCCUCCAGUCCAACCCACAGGCUCAUGUGUCAGGAGUCCGAUUCGUCUACCAAUGCCAAUUUGUACAGGCAUCCCAGCUACAAACAGGAGUAUCUUUGACAACUCUUGUGACCUUUGUGGACAUUACCCAGAAGCCAGAGUCUCCAAGGGGCCAGCCCAGAGUGGACUGGAAAUUGCCAUUUGACUUCUUCUUUCCCUUCAAAGUGGCAUUCAGUAGCGGAAUAGACUCUCAAAAAGGCUCAGUCUUUCCCAUCCUUACAAUGUGUCUCUUACUACAUGGGGUUCUCUACCUAGACACUAAGUGAAGAAAGGAGAAAACUCAGACUUCAGUUUUCCCCACGGGAAGCUCUGAGGCAGCCUACUUAUCUUGGCUAAACAGAUUCUCACCUGCUCAUUAUCUGAGGAGAGCAUUUAAGAAAAUAGAGGAUCUAAAGGAAGGAAUCUUUGUAAAAGGUGUUUAGAAAAGCAAUAGAAGUACUUUAUUCAUCAUAGCUCUCUGUUUAGGGCUCUUCAGACCAGCAGCAAUACACCUUCUCAAGCAGAGAAGACAAAGAGCCCUUCCUCCAGCCCUUCCAGUUGUGUUGUACCUGACUGAAGGUUUAGAAGGUCUUCAUCCAUCUGCUCACAGGCAUACUCCGGCCUAGCACAAAAAGGAACACGUUCAUGCUGCCAACCAGGGUGAGCUCAGGAAUAGCUGCCCUCUGGACCUGAGAGAAACUGACUGUUCAGAACUGAAAACUGCUGGCGGUGUAUUUUGUCUGGUUCCUCCCCACGCCCUGGGCCACACCCUUUACCCAGGCAAGAGUAGGAACAGCAAUUCUUUUUCCUCAGUUUCCAAAUAAAUGUGGAGUGGAAUUCCAGCCUUCUUUUCUACUAGCAAAUGACCCUACCACCAAUUUCUGCUCUUUCCAUCCCUCCAUUAUGGUGAGGAGAAAUAAAACUGAGGGAGAGCUGUUUGUACUAAUUCCAGUAGCAUAGCAGAAGUCAACUCGGUCUACCUUGUGAUUAUUUGGUAAGUGUGAGGUUAAAAAAAAAAAAAAAAGGAGAAGACUUUCA